ACGACGACCAAGUGAAGAACCUCACAGGCUUCAUCAACCGCAGCCAUGGCUGCCUUCAGCGGCAAAUUGGCUUUCUCACUUCUUAUGUGGUUACUUCCGCUUCUUCCUAUUGCCGUCGCUUACAGACCCGGAGAUAUCGUCCCCAUGAGCAGGAUGGGUCAAUAUCACUCUUCAAGAACUGUUUGGCAAGACCUGAUUGGCCGGCAUUGCCCCAUCUUUGCAGUGAAUCGUGAGGUUUUGAUGCCAAUUCCGAAGCCGACGGGUUUUACUGGGGCUGAUCCUUAUAAAAUAUCAUUUCAAGUUGGUAGGGAAAAGUUCUUUAUCCCAUGGCUUCUGGUGAUAAAUCGGAAGAGUACUGAAGUUCCAAUGAUUGAAGUGAACUUGAGAUAUUCAGGAACUGAUUUGCUUGGUGUCACUGCAAAAGUUGUGGAUAUGCCUCACCGUUAUGUUGAACUGCAUCCUGAGAUUCGUAAGCAUUUCUGGGAUCCUCAGAACUGGCCAAAGCAUAUACUUGUUCGAUAUACAUGGAAGGAGCAAUCAGAGAUAGAUGUGACUUCCGGAUUUUUUGUUCUGUUCGGAUCAGGACUUGCGUUAUCUUUUAUCCUCGCAGUCUAUGUAUUGCAGUCAUCGCGAGACAAAUUGGAAAGAUUUGUAAGGGAGACUGUAGCAGAAACCAGCAUGCCUGGAGGAGUGGGGAUAGCAAAGGUUGAAUAACGAAUUCUGGAAGAACAUUGUAAUUAGGAAACUGUAUAAAUGAGAUCUAAGGCAUUGUUGUAAUCUUUCACAUCGUAGUUAAAUGUACUAUUUCCGGCUUUACUUUGUAGCAAUUUAUAAUCCAUCCGCAUAUAUAGCAUUUUCCAGAAGUUUUUUAUUGGAAAAAAUUUGUUUCGCUUUAAACUUCUGAAAUAUUUGAUCAGUCU